GAGAAGAAGUUAAUUAAUUAAAUAAUUAUCAAAACCGAAAGUUAAACAACAACAAGAGCCAAUUAGAGAAGGAAGAAUGGCCAAGAAGCUUGUUGCAGUGUUUCUCAUGUUGGUGGUGGUUGUUGCAGCACUCCACAUUCGGGAGGCUGAGGCAGAAGACGGUGAUCACAAGGAAUACAAGGAGUGCUUCGGCAACUGCUUGAAGGAAUGCGAAGACGGCGACGCCCACGGUCAAACUUACUGUGAGAUGAGCUGUGACACUGAAUGUGCAAUUAAAGAGAGUGCCGAAAGGCUGAAGAAUAUCAAAAUUUGAGCUUGUUGAAUAGACAAGGAGCAAGCACUUACAACCACAGAGGAAGAGCAAUAUGCAAUAAAUUAAUUAACGAGCUUUCAUUCUACUGAUAAUGUAUUAAUUUGUGGAGGAGUUUUUCAUCCAUAAAUAGUGUAUUAAUUCGCAAGAUGUAAUAAAUCGUUUUUUUAUUUUCUUCAACACAAAACUCUGCAAUCUUAAUUCACUUGGAUGAAAACAAAAUUGCGAGAUGAA